AUGGCCGAACAUGGAAGACAGGUAGUGGGUGGUCAAGGAUUUCCAGAGAGAAGAUUGUGGGAUGAAUAUCAAAUGUCAAUGGGGACAGUCCAAAUUAUUAUUAUUUUCAGGGUAGCUUCCCAUACUGUCCACUCCUGUGGGCACUGGCCGUUGAACUUGCGUUUGGGAGGGGAUAGCUUAGAGGCUCUAAUCAAACAUAAAUGCACCAGAAGCAUUAAUGCGCUUCCAACCAGAGGUGUUAGGUGCAGAAGAAGCUGUGUAGGUUACACCAUCCAGCAGCUUCAGAGAAAGACAAGUGGUGCAGCUCAAAUACUUUCUGUUGAAUCUGCGAGUCCAACACGCCUAAGCCUUUUUGCAGUUUCUGAAAACAUAGAAGACAGGAUCGCCAUAGAGAGCAUAUUCCGCCGGAGGAAACGGCCUAAAAUGGAACAGAGUUUGUCGAAGAACCUUUUGAGGACAGUUUUUAUUCAAAGAGCAUGCCAAACACAGGAGAGAAUCAACGUGUUCACGACAGUAGCUCGACAUAUGACGGAGCGUAAUCACUACAGGCGCAUGCUACAAGACGAUUUGACUGUAUUCGGAAGUGAG